AUGUACGAUCCCGUGGAGGCCGAAGUGUCAGCCCGAUACUCUGAGUGCAACGAUGACGACCACCAGACUACAGCUCAAGCAACGCCACGUCAUUCAAAUGAUAAGCCACACCGCAACAACACCGCAGAGAGGCAGCCGAAGAACGUCGCUCACAACCCUAUCAGCUGGACCCUCAAGCUUUUCGUGGCAACGUCCUUGCUGGCUCUCUUAGUCGCUGUUGUUUUCAUCUCUUGGCUGUGGUGGGCGCCGCGGGACAACCCUAGCUGGCGGUCCUGGGUUCUCAUUCCCAACCGUCUGCAGCUGAGCGUCACCAUCGCCGCUGUCGCCAUACGCACAGCGGUCGGUGUCAUGGCUGCUUCGGCAACAGCCAUGAUUGCCUCCGUCAUCGUGGAGAGACGCGGCGUAUCGAUCCAGAACGUCGCACAGCUCUCCAUCACCCGUUUUACGAGUAGCGGCCCGCUAUCCCUCGCAAACGUCGUCAUCCAAGACCCCGUAAUCCAGGUCACGGCCCGGGCCGCAAUCUUAUUCCUGAUAUUGACGACUGUUGCUCUACAAUUUACUUCGUCUUUCCUCACGGCAGACUUCCAACCGCACCAAAUCGUCUCCUUCACGCAGGAGGUUCCGAACGCUUACAAAUUUGGCACGAACGACAGCACACCAUACACACUUUCCUCAUUGAAUUAUGGGCUUUCAAACGGAUAUCUCGAGCAGAGACCGCACUUGUCUCAGUCAUUCGCAGAAUACUCCGAGCCCCCCCAGAUUAUGGAUGGCUUAGACGACACUGGUAUAAACAUAAGAGCGUUCUUACCAAUGGCAUCGCAGACCCGAAGAGAACUACUGUUCGAGUUCAAGGGCAUGUCAAGAGUGUUUGACUCACGCGUCGUCUGCAUCCGCCCGCAGAUACUAGAACUUGGGCCGUGUUACCCUAUCUCUAACAUUACAAACAUCAGAGGCAUCUGCGGAUCGGUGCAGGUUGGUCGAGAUGUUGCCCAGAAGAUAGGACCCAGGAGUACAGCGUCAUCCGAGCGGUUAGAAGCCACGACCGACUACGUGAUGAACUUUAGCUGUCCGGUGCCUACCUUCCCUGGCAAACGAACAGAUACUCCCUGGACGUUGUGUCACUUGUAUGCUCUCCCAGAUAUAGGGUUUCGAUCUCUACUCUCUGAUGGCACAGUGCGCUCUGUGGAGAAGUUCAUCCUCUGGAAACCUUACCAUUUCAGCUCCCCGGGUUGGGUCAAUAACACAGCAGCCAAUGCAAACGGGAGUAUCUUUUUGCACGCCGUUACAUAUUCUGGACCGUGGGCGCAAAUGACACUUCGAGCCGUUCAUCCGUUGAAUAAAACGAAAGUUUAG